AGCAUGGUAAAGGUUUCAAAAUCUCUUAAACCUGCAUUGGAUUUUCGACGUUCUGUUUCAAAGGACAAAAUAUCAACACCCAUAGAGACGAAAGUUCCUCCUCCUUCUAUUUUACCUCCAAAAAAAGUAAUUAAGGCGUUAUAUGAUUAUACGGCUAAAGGACAAAAGGAAUUAUCUUUUUCUAAAGGUGAUUUCUUUCACGUCGUCGAUAACGAAGAUGAUCCAAAUUG